GCCCCGCCGUGUCUGCAGGCGGGGAGCGGGACUUCCGCCGCCGGGGAGGCGGUUUUGUGUGUGAGAGCUUUGCGAGCGGGGUCCCGGCUUUACCCGAGGGGCAGCGGAGCUUCUCGGCUCGUUGCGGGCACCGAUAGGAGCGAGAGGCGGCGGCUCCUUCCUGAACCGCUUUGGGGCAUCACCCAUCAGGGGGUCCCUGCGGGCGUGGGGGGCCCCCGCGGGCAGCAGCGGGGUCCCCCCGAGGGCCGCUCGCUGAGGGCGGCGGCUCCGUCCGCGGCUGUCGGCUCCGCGCUCGGGGCCGAGGGGCGGGUGGGUGGGCGAUGAAUGGGUUCAGCACCGAGGAGGACAGCCGGGACGGGCCGCCCGCAGCCCCAUUCUACGGUCAGAGCUGCUGCCUCAUCGACGACGGAGAUCGCUGUGUGCGGCCCGCGGGCAACGCGUCCUUCAGCAAGAGGAUCCAGAAGAGCAUCUCGCAGAAGAAGCUCAAGCUGGACAUCGAUAAAAGCGUGAGACAUCUGUACAUAUGUGAUUUUCACAAGAACUUUAUUCAAAGUGUCCGAAACAAACGGAAAAGGAAAACAAGUGAUGAUGGAGGAGACUCUCCUGAGCAUGAGACGGACGUCCCGGAGGUUGACUUGUUCCAGCUUCAAGUGAAUACUCUGCGACGUUACAAGAGACAUUAUAAGCUGCAGACUAGGCCUGGACUCAACAAGGCUCAGCUGGCAGAAACGGUCAGUCGACACUUCAGGAAUAUUCCUGUGAAUGAGAAAGAGACUCUUGCUUAUUUCAUCUAUAUGGUGAAGAACAACAAGAGCAGGUUGGACCAGAAGUCAGAAAGCAGCAAGCAACUAGAAUGAAGACUAACAAGAUUUGGAAUAGGAGCGAUCUUGAAGGAAAACGUGGUAUUGUGCUUUGUAGAUAUAUCAAAACUGUUAAAGUAUAUUGUAAUAUUUUUUUUAAUGCAGUAAAUCUGAAUGAUGGAGAAGUAUAAACAGUUCUUAUCAGGAAUAUUUGAGAACACAUGCACACCAUUUUUCUGAAGACUUCUCGUCCUCAUUUAAAAGUCACGCUGGAAUAAAGCAAGGAGAAUAACAAGGAAACAGUAAACUUCUUAGGGGUGCGGAAUCUGCUAACAUAGUGUUUUAAAAUGUUUCUGGAAAUCCACAUCUCAAUGCAAUUUAGAUCACGGAUGGAUUUUUUUCCCUGAAUUCAACUGUCUCACCAAACACCAUGCAGUUUGUUUCCAUGCAGGACUGGAAAAGCAGCAGAGAUGAAAUGUGUUGUCAAGGUGCACGGGUCAGCAGUUUGUUUGAAGCUUGCUCCCCACAUACGUGUGCUCUAUCUUGCCUUGAGGUAAUGCUUCAAGUCUCAAACUACUACAAAUGCUCCAGCUCACCAACUCUACUCCAAUGAGCUACUCAACUAGUCUGACAAUUGAUAUAUAUUUUUUAAUCUUCCCUUCCCUCCUCUCCCCCAAAAAUGGAAACCAAGCAACUUUCUAGAAUCUUUUUUUUUUCCAGUUUCUUUUAUUUAAGAACUCACUUCACACUUGUCUAUAAGCAUUUAAGGAGUUUUGCAGCUGCUCAGAAUGUGGUAUCAAGGUAAAUUUGCUGGGAUUGAUCAUGUUGGUAGAAAUGCUCUUUCACUUCACUCUUAUGUGUUUCCCUUGUAUUCAAGGCUUAAUGAUAGUGGGUGAAAGAGUGGGUUAAGAUGUCUGUCUCUUAAUCUCUGUGCCAGAUGAAGUAUCUAUCAGGAGCAAUGUGAAUUUUAUACUGAACUGGUCUCUAGCAGGUGUCACAAAACUGCAGUGUGGGUUAUUGUGCUCUGUUUAGUGUAAAUCAGACUUAAGCACAGAUGUAGCACAGUAACCAAGGUAAUGAACUGACUGGAGAGUGGUGCGUUUCAUCCGUCUCUGAGAGCAAGCAGAAUUAUGGAAACACUUCUCUUUUUUGAGCACUACUUGUGCUUUCCUAAGAGUUCUGUGACAUGGAGGAUUGUUGGUGCUCACAAAGAGAGCUGUAGACAGAAAUAUCUCUUGGUUUUGUUAUGUAAAGCCAAUGUGUCCUUAUAAAUAACACAGUGGUUAUUUUGGCUAAAGCAGUUAGUGAAAUUGUUGGUCAAGUCUGUCUGCUCUCCAGUGACCUCAAAUGCUACACAAGGGGAUCUCCUGAUUUAAAGCACCACUCUGUUUUCAUGCAGUCCUAACCAUUGUCUCCACUCUGUCGCAAGAUGCCAAGACUCCACACAGAGCAUGUUCUCAAAAAGCCUUAAACACUGAACUCAACAGUUGAAAACAUUGGGUAGCAUUUUAAUAAUCUGGAGCUAGAUGAUGCUGUGUUGAAGAGAAGAACACACGGUCACAAUCCCAGCUUGAUACUGCGUCAAAUGUUUUGUAAGGCACGAGUGGAGCUCUCCCGAAGUCUGUAAAAAAUCAAGUCACAGUUUAAAGCAAGGUGCUCACAUCAGGUUUGAAUUGUGUGCUAACAGUCUAGGGAGAGGUUAAGUGAACAUCAGCAUGUUUAAGUUCUGUGUCAUAGCCAGGAUAAACCCGUUCUGGUACAUGCCCCAGUUGUGAAGUUUUGGGAAUGGGGUGGUUUCAACAUUUCCUUGUUCAGUUCGGUGUGAAAUUGAAGAACAUCGGGCAGGAGAAAUGCUCAGAGAAUGAGGAGAGAACGUCAUCCACUGCUGUUUUGUGAAUGUCUAAAGGUUUCUGAGUUACGGCGAUCCUUACUGGAAGGAUGGAACAGUUCCCACAUCAGUCAACAAGAUCUGGCUUCUCUCAUUCAGGAUGGAUAGCUAAAAGGGUAUGUUCUCUGACUGCCAUGUUAAUAUUCAAAGUGCUCAUGUAGUCAGAGGAUAUUAUUAUUAAGGGAAAAUGAGUUUCUGAGUAGAGAGUUACGCCUCAGCGUAACUUAUAGACCAAAACUGUUAAAAAAACACAAGUAGUUUAUUUGGGUUUUUGGUUGUUUGUUUUAUUUCUAGGACUGGACACAUCCAUUGGGGUGUUUUAGCAGCCAGCAGCAAAACGAUUCUUUUUGAGGAACUAUGGUGGCAGGUUCCAUCUGUUCAGGUGUAUUCACUGGAAUGCUUUGUGCGGAGGUGGUAGCCAGGAAUUUGUUCUAUUUUUAUUUGUUUUUUUUCCUGAAAAUAGUCAACUGAUGUAAAAUGUGAUCCUUGCUUUCACUCCUAAAGCAAUUAUACUUUUGUUGAGAAAUUAAUAAUAAUAAUAAUGAUGAUGAUGAUGAUGAUGUGUGAUGAUGAAGUGAUGUUUACCAGCCAUUAGCAGUUAUUUGUUUAUAAGGUGGAAAGCUUGGGGGCAAAGAUACCAAAAAAAAAAAAAACCAAACAAAAACCCAAAAGAAUCUUUGGCUGUCAGACCCCAUGGCCUUAUAAAUCCUUGCAAAUGCCUUAUUGCCUUGUUCUCAACUUAGCUAGAGCAAAACGCCUUGAGCAAAUGAAAGCCUAUGUCUUGUUGGAAGGGUGAGCCACUCGAUGGCUGCCGUGGUAUAAACUGAAAUCACACGUCAAUUCAGUAGCAAUAUCCAUGUUCAGGGUGCCUGUGAUUCUUGAAAAGCAUUUAGUGUCUAAUAAUCAGAAAACGCAACAAUGCAAUUGUCGUUCUGUAUGAUAGCGUUCUGUGUAUCUGAUUCCUUAUGCUGCAUGCCAAUUAAAAAAAGACUUUCCAACUCUUUAUUUUUAACUUGGAAGUAAAUGUGUUUGAACCUCACACUUGCGAAGCCAUGAGGUAGGACAUUUUCAUAGCACUUUUGGAUGAGACUGUUUGGAAAGGCAGAAGACCCAGAUGGCUUUGGCUGCUAUGAUGUUUGGUGGGUUGGGGCUUUAUUUUUGUUGGGUUUUUGGUUUUUUUGCCUCUUUUCCAUUUUUGCUUUUCACAGUUGGGCCUUAAAUUCUGUCUAGCUUUGAACCAUGGAGCACAAGCCUUGGGGCAUGGAGGAUGGCCAUAUGCCAUUUUCCAUCUAGAAUACAGUGGAAGCUUAUUUCUUACAAACCUGCAUAGGAAAUGUUCACCCAGGGGCAGAGGAAUUGUCUGUGAAGCCCUCCAGCUCUUAUGCAUCCUAACUCCCAUAGCAUAACCUGAUUCAAUCCUUGUUGAAGGGUUAUAUCAACUUCUUAAACCUGUGAUCAGAUCCAAAGUCAUUUGUAGGAAAUCUGAAUAAUGCAGAAACAUCUCGACUGGAGUUAAGUUUAUCCUGUGUGCUGACCCUCUGCUCUUUUUAAGGGAAGAAGAAGAAAUAAUUACUGGUAGUUAUUGGCUUGAGCUCAACUCAAGGGAGUUUGAAACGUGAAGAGUGAAGUCAGCAACAAUCUGGUGGCUGGAAAGUGCCUGCGUUUCCAAGGAGGCUGUGUUAGAAUGCAGCUAUUGUAAAACUCUGCCACACAAAGAACGUUGCGUGUCAACCUGAAGUAAGCAAUUGCAUUAAAAGCUAAUGUUUCUUUUGACAGGCACUUUAGAUGUUCAGACUGAGAGGACAGGCUUGUACUGCUUGGCCCCUAUACUCUGGUGUCCCAGUUUUCCUCAGAAUUGUGGCUGUAAACCACCAGAUAGUGUGGUGUACAGAGUUAGAUCUGAACAUGUUGUCUGACGUUUUAAAGUUGCUCUUAUGUACAAGAAGAGAGGGUUUGAAAUCGUGAGCCAAAAUAAUCCAUAGUAAAUGCAUGCUCUCAAGCACAUCAUGAUGGCAAGGGGGGAAAGAAACAGGACACAGCCCAUGGAAAGGCUGAGCAAAACACGCUUCCACAGUUAGCAAGGUGGGGGAAGACUCGUUCUGUGUUAACUCUGGUAAUGGAUGUUUUAUGAGAGGGGAAGGAGGGGGAGCUGUGCACUUUACGUCUUUUGGUUGAGCCAAAUGUAAAUACCAAUGGGAGAUCUUCAGCAGUAACUGCAGUUGGAGGGAAGAGAAAUGGUCUGCUGGAGGACUGUUUAUUUAAAUUGGCAGAUCAUUAUACUUCCCUGGAGCACUAGCGUCACUUUGCUUCUACAGUUUAACAGAGUGGGUAAUAGGAGGUGGUCUCCCUACCAGAAGGAGUCCUUGCACUGCCCACAGCGUCCACUGAAGAGUCCUAAAGGUGAAGGAAUGUUACUGAUGCCUCACUCCUCCUGUCACCGAUGUCCUUUAGCCAUCUCUAACUCACCAAGUUAGAGGAGAUCUCAUUUCCCACUUUCCAAGUGCAAACGAACUGUUACCAUGUAAAAUACCCCUUGCACUUUUCACAGCUGUCCCCGGUCUCGUGUUGUUGACUUGGCUGUGAACACGUCUGUUAGAAGCGCAUGAAAUGGUUGAAGAAAGUGUGAGGAGUGUUGGGGGGCUCCUGCCUUAAACCCAAACUUCCCUCGCAAGCAUCUCUGCAGGCCAUGCUGUGCAUCUCCAGCAUCUCCCAGCUGUGCCCUGGCAGGGCUGGAUCGGUUCCUGUCCUGCCCAGCACUGGGGCACAGGGGAGGUGAACAGCAGGUAACUCACAGAAUGGCUUGGAGUCUUUCAGUGGCUUUACUGGGAGAGGAAACCUGUUCUCUCUUCUCUUUCUGGCUUCCAUGUGUUGUGCUGAUAUUAUGCCAAAUGUUUUGGACACCUUGUAUUUUUAACUGUGUAAUAUAGCUGUGUAUUGUUAAAGCUACUUAGUAACUUAUAGCAAAACUGUAGAACUCAUUUCUUUGAGGUGUAGGAGAUGUCCUGCUUCCACUGUGUAUAAGACUUUAAAUCUAUACCGUCUGACAAAGAUAAAACGCUGAAUUUCACUUUAAUAAAUGAUCUAUCUAGCAACAAG